CCCCUGCAGCCCCCGGGAGGGCCAUGAAGGUACUGCUCUUCACCGGGCUGGGAGCCCUGUUCUUCUCGUAUUACUGGGAUGACAACUUUGACCCUGCCAGCCUCCAGGGAGCCCGCGUGCUGCUGACAGGGGCCAGUGCGGGCGUCGGGGAGGAACUGGCAUAUCACUACGCCCGCCUGGGCUCCCACCUGGUGCUCACUGCCCACACGGAGGCCCUCCUGCAGAAGGUGGUAGGGAACUGCCGGAAGCUGGGCGCUCCCAAGGUCUUCUACAUCGCUGCGGACAUGGCCUCCCUUGAGGUGCCCGAGCGCGUGGUGCAGUUCGCGCUGGACAAGCUGGGUGAGGGGACUGGACUCCUCGUGCUGAACCACCUCGGCGCCACCCCGGCAGGCUCGCGGUCCAGGAGCGUCCAGGCGACACGCUGGCUCAUGCAGGUGAACUUUCUGAGUUACGUGCAGCUGACUUCGUUGGCGCUGCCCAGCCUGACGGACAGCAAAGGCUCUCUGGUGGUCGUGUCCUCGCUGCUCGGCCAGGUGCCCACAUCCUUCUCCCGCCCGUACUCGGCAGCCAAGUUCGCUCUGGACGGCUUCUUCGGCUCUCUGCGGCGGGAGCUAGACGUGCAGGACGUGAACGUGGCCAUCACUAUGUGUGUCCUGGGCCUCCGGGAUCGCGCCUCCCCCGCCGAGGGAGUCAGGGGCAUCACGAGGGCCAAGGCGGCCCCGGGGCCCAAGGCGGCCCUGGCCGUGAUCCGCGGCGGCGCCACACGCGCCCCCGGCGUCUUCUACCCAUGGCGCUUCCACCUCCUCUGUCUGCUCCGGGGAUGGCUGCCGCACCCGAGGGCCUGGUUCAUCCGCCAGGAGCUCAACGUCACCGCUGCCGCUGCUGCCUGAGCUUCUGCGGGUGGCACCCCUUCAGCUUCCCAGAGGGGAACCCUCUAUCCAGCCGUCCCUGAGCGGGGACACGAACCGAGACACCUCGGAGACGGUGGCCGUGGCUCAAGACAGAGUCAUCGAGACAGAAAAGGAAAACCGAGAAACACUACCAGCACCUGGAAACACGGUCACCUCUCCCGGUGUGCAAGUGCUGAUCGUGUGCCAGGCACCCUGUCAGUGACCUGGAAGGCGUGACCUCAGCCUUCCGGGCCACCACUGAUGACAUGGUUGCUGCUUCCAUUUUGCAGACAAGAAAACUGAGGCUCAGAGAGGUGAUGCGACUUUCGCCACGGCCCUGGCCGUGUGAAACAGGGCACACCACCCCUGAGCCACCCUGGGGACCCUAUCCAUCUCCCACCUGGAUCCUUUGCAGCCCUGAUCUCUUCUUUCCACUCAGUUUUGGAGCAUUCCCCUACCGUUGCCCCAAGCAAGGGACAGCCUUGAAACUGUCCACCUGCUGAUGGGUUCUGAGGUGGGGGAGGAGGGAAACACCAUGUUCUGGGCUGGACCCAGCCUCCUGUUUCAUUAUAAAAAUCCUUCUACCCUUGCA